UGAUAGAAGUAGAAUUUCAUCAGCUGUACCAAACAUAUCCUUAUUACUUUAAGAAAAUGCAAGAAAUGCUACAGUGUUGUGCACGACCCGAAGUCUUCGUCCAUUCGCUUUCACAGGCUCUUUACCAUUAAAAAGCUAUGGAAACGGAAAGCAAAAGAAUUGUGGUUGCUGAAGAUAACAUUGCUCAGAUGACCGAGACUAUAACCGACUUCUCGUUCUCUCUCCUCUUUUCUACAGAGAGAGACUUUCUAGUUCGCAACAACAAUGAUCUGGUUAAGAUAGACAGCUUGAAGGGGAAGAAGGUUGGAUUGUAUUUUUCAGCAUCAUGGCGUAGACCAUGUCGUCGAUUCACCCCAAACUUAGUGGAGGUGUACAAUGAAGUUGUCUCAAAAGGUGAUUUUGAGGUUGUCUUUGUCUCUACUGAUAAAGACGAGGAGUCAUUCGAUGGGUAUUUUUCCGAGAUGCCAUGGCUUGCACUCCCAAUUUCUGAUUCAGAGACACGUGAUCAGUUGGAUGAACUGUUCAAGGUCAGUGGGAUACCAUACCUUGUGAUCAUUGAUGAAAAUGGGAAAGUCUUGACUGACAGUGGUGUUGAAAUUAUUCGGGAAUAUGGAGUUGAAGGAUAUCCUUUCACCACAGAAAGGAUAAAAGAACUAAAAGAACUAAAAGACCAAGAAGAAGCAGCUAAACGGGAACAGUACUUGAAAUCAAUCUUGGUCUCACCUUCCCAUGACUUUCUAAUCUCACCCGAUGGAAGGAAGGUUAACAUAGACAGCUUGAAGGGGAAGAAGGUUGGGUUGUAUUUUUCAGCAUCAUGGUGUGGACCAUGUCGUCGAUUCACCCCAAACUUAGUGGAGGUGUACAAUGAAGUUGCCUCAAAAGGUGAUUUUGAGGUUGUCUUUGUCUCUGCUGAUAAAGACGAGGAAUCAUUCAAUGGGUAUUUUUCCGAGAUGCCAUGGCUUGCAAUCCCAUUUUCUGAUUCGGAGACACGUUAUAAGUUAGAUGUAAUGUUCAGGGUCAGUGAAAUACCAUACCUUGUGAUCAUUGGUGAAAAUAGGAAACUAAAUGACAGUGGAGUUGAAAUUAUUGAGGAGUAUGGAAUUCAAGGAUAUCCUUUUACGGAAGAAAGAGUAAAAGAACUAGAAGACCAAGAAGAUGCAGCUAAACGGGAACAGACCUUGAGAUCAAUCUUAGUCUCACAUUCCCGUGACUUUGUAAUCUCACCCGAUGGGAAUAAGGUAGCUGUCUCAGAACUUGAAGGGAAAACAAUUGGUCUGUAUUUCUCAGAUUCUUCAUACAAGUCGUGUGUUGAAUUUACGCCAAAACUAGUGGAGGUUUAUGAGGAACUCAAAGCUAAGGGAGAGAACUUUGAGAUUAUGUUGAUUCCACUUGAUGAUGAUGAAGAAUCAUUUGAGCAGGAUUUUAAAAGUAUGCCUUGGUUUGCAUUGCCAAUCAAGGACAAGAGCUGUGAAAAGCUUGACAGUUAUUUUGAGAUCUCAGUCCUUCCCACUUUGGUUAUUAUUGGCCCAGAUGGUAAAACUCUCACUAAAAAUGGUGUUCCAGCGGUUGCUAGUUAUGAAGUUCUGGCAUACCCAUUCACCCCAGAGAAGUUCAAAGAGCUUCUUGAGAUUGAGAAGGCAAAUGAGGAAGCUCAAACCCUUGAGUCAAUAUUGGUUCUUGGAGCUCUAAAUUUUGUAAUUCGAAGUGAUGGGACCGAGGUACCGGUAUCAGAACUUGUUGGAAAGAAUAUUCUACUUUAUUUCUCAGCUCAUUGGUCUCGCCCAUGUCGUUCAUUCCUUCCUAAGCUUAUUAAAACAUACCAUGACAUCAAGGAAAAAGACAAUUCAUUCGAAGUGAUCUUCAUUUCAGGUGAUCGUGAUCAGCUCUCCUUCGACGAAUUCUUUUCAAGCAUGCCUUGGUUAGCCCUUCCUUUCAGUGAUGAGAGGAAGAAAAACCUUAAAAAAAUAUUAAAAAUCGAAGGCAUCCAUGCAGCCAUAGCCAUUGGCCCCUCUGGCCGGACAGUGAACAUGAAAGUAGGACGGUUGAUAGCCAUCUAUGGGGCUGAUGCCUAUCCAUUCACAGAAGAGAGGUUGAAGCAUUUGGACGAAGAGUUGGAGGAAAUGGCAAAGCAGUGGCCUAAGAAAGUGAAGCAUAAGUUGCAUGCUGAACAUGAGCUUUUGCUCACUCAUUGCGAUGGAUACAACUGUGAUGGGUGUGAGGAGACGGGAUAUACUUGGUCCUAUUGCUGUGAGUUUUGUAACUUUGAUCUCCAUCCAAAGUGUGCCUUGAAGAACGAUGAAGAAACAGACAAUGAUCCAACAGAAAAUCAUGAAUUCAUCUGUGAUGGUGAUGGGUGCCGUAGAGUUUAAGGAACUUGUAAAUUAUGCAAUAUAUCUAUAUGGUUUAUGAGCAUGGUUUUGCAGUUAUAUCUCAAGUGCCUGUAACUAUGUUUUCUAUGUGAGUGGAUAGUGGUAUAAGCACAGAGUUGCUAUGGAUAUAAGAUACUGUGCCAUGCGGUUGAGAUUGAAAUAAGAAGAAAAUGCAUUUCUUCUA